AUGUCCGAGGCAAGCUCAGAAGAUAGGAGUGAGCUCCUCGCAUCAGCAGUACAGUUUCUGGCAGAACCAUCUGUUAAGGAAGCUCCAUUAUCCAAGAAAGUUGAGUUCCUGCAAAAGAAAGGACUAUCAGAGCAGGAAAUCGAACAAGCUUUGAAGCAGUCAGAGACAGCGGGCUCCAAAAUGUCACAGGAUGUACCACUUAGGUCCCAGGUCUCAAAUUCGCACUUCCGGAGUGAUGACUGGUACGAAGCUGUCCCCCCUCCUUUGCCAAAACGUGACUGGAAAGACUACUUCAUUAUGGCUACCACUACUGUGGGCGUUUGUUAUGGCUUGUAUGAAUUUGCAAAGCGCUACGUGGUACCACAGCUACUACCAGAAGCUAAAUCCAAGCUUGAAGAGGACAAAAAGCAUAUCGAUGACCACUUUGAGAAGGUAGACAAGUUGUUGGAAACCGUAGAACAGGAACAGGAGGCCUUCAGGGAACAGCAAGCUGAGAAGUUAAAGGAACUGGACGCCACUGUGUUGAACCUCCAGACUGCUCUUGAGGAGACUACUAAGACGAGGAACAACAUUAACUUUGAAGUGCGCGAGUUGAAGUUGCAGGUGGGAGAACUAACCAAGAAGCUUGAGGAAUAUAAGUACUCCAGAGAACAUAACAACAAGUUGGCAAAACUUGAAAGCGACUUGGAGUCAUUAAUCAAGCUUGCAAGUACCUCAUUUUCUACUCCGAAUACGAACGGAAAUGGAAUACCUAACAAUUCCGUUUUAUCAGCAGCUUCAAUUCCUACUGCAUCUCAAAUCCUUGAGAAGAUGAAAGGAAAAGUUAACAGUGAGGAAACACAAGAUUCGAAUAACCUGUCAGCUUGGAAGUCGCCAAAUUCCCACACUGCAAGCAAUACUCCGCCCGCAAUUCCUGAAUGGCAAAAAGCAGCUAUGAGAGAAGAUUCAAUUCUACAGUCUAAUCCAAGCCUCUUGGAUGAACUAUCGCAGGAAGACUAA